UUUUCAGAAAUAAUUAUGGCUCUGUCUGCCUUGUGCUGCCUGAGAGAAGCAAAGCUGGCCUCUGAAGAGGAAAUCAGACUCUUUCCCAUCUCUUCAGAACCACAGAGAAGGAACCAGGAAUCAAUCAUGAGUGAGAUGUCCAAGAAGAAUCCUAUGAUGGAUGCCCUGCUUGAGUUGAGAUGCCACUUCACAUGGGAUUUAAUGAGAAUAGACAUUUACUUGCCUGAUUUAGAAAACAGAAUUCUGGAUGAGAUUGAGUUCCUGGACACAAAAUUCAAUGUGGGAAUUCACAACAUGUUGGCCUAUGUGAGGCAUAUAAGGGGUCAAAAUGAGAAAGCUCUGGAAAGCUUGAGAGAAGCUGAAAAAUUGAUUCAAAAGCUGAAUGAUGAUCAAGGAGAGAUAAAAAGCCUCGUGACCUGGGGAAACUAUGCCUGGAUCUAUUAUAACAUGGACAGACUCCCUGAAGCCCAGACUUACCUGGAGAAGGUAGAAGCAAGUUGUAAGAGGCGUUCAAGCCCCUUCCGCUAUAAAGUAGAACUUCCAGAAAUUGACUGUGAGGAAGGGUGGGCCCUGCUCAAGUUUGGAAAGGAGUAUUAUGAAAAGGCCAAAGAUUGUUUCCAAAAGGCCCUGGAAUCAGAUCCUGAGAACCCUGAAUUUAACACUGGAUUUGCAAUCAGCAUGUUUCGUCUGGACGGUCAGCACACUAUUCCUCAAGUAUCUAGUAUUUCUCUAGAGCCGCUACGACGGGCAGUCAGAAUCAACCCAGAAGAUAAUUACCUUAAGGUUCUUCUUGCCAUGAAGCUCCAAAGCCUUCAUCAAGAGGAAGAAGGAGAAAAGUACCUUGAAGAAGCUUUAGAAAAUACAUCAUCACAGCUCUACGUCCUUCGCUAUGCAGCCAAAUUUUACAUCAAGAAAGGGUGCCUGAAUAAAGCUUUUCAUUUCUUAAAAAUUGCUUUGCAAGCCUCUCCAUCGUCUGCUCUCCUACAUCACCAGAUGGGAUUUUGUUACAAGACAAAAAUGAUUAACAUCAAGAAAGCUACCAACUACAAGCCACAAGGCAGGGAUAGACAAGAGCUUGAGAAAGUAAUUCAAUCAGCCAUAUUUCAUUUUAAAACUUCAAUAGAGAACAGACCCACAUUUGAGAUAAGUCAUAUAGAACUAGGCAACAUGUAUGCAGAAGCAGGUGACUUCCAAAAAGCAGAAGAAAGCUACAAGGAGGUACUAAAUAUGAAACAACUUCAAGAUAGUGUAAAGCAAAAUGCCCUCUAUAACUAUGGCCGCUUUCUAGAGACUCACAGAAGGUCCGAGGCUGAUGCUCUCACCCUUUACCUGGAAGGACUAAAAAUAAACAGAAAACAUAAAUGGCUUCUAAUUGGUUUGGAGAAACUCGCUAAAAGGCGUCUUCAGCGAAAUGCAUCAGAUGUGGAGAGUUUGAGUUUCCUAGGAUUCAUCCAUAAAAUGAAAGAAGAGCCAGGAGAAGCCAUACAGCUCUAUGAGACAGCCCUAGAGUUGGGCUCCUCCCUUCUGCUUUCUAGAAUGGCUCUAUUCCCUCCAGAUGCUGCUCAGGCACUAGCUUCUUCAUGAAGCCUUUCCAGAUCCCUUCAGUUGCCGCUGCAUUCUUUUCUCAGCAAACACCUUGCAUCUACAGAGUUUAGUUGUACCUAUUCCGUUCAAACUCAUUGUGCAUUUUUUUCAUAUUGACUUGUUGUCUACUAGAAUGCAAACUCCUUGAGAGUAAGGAUCAUUUCAGUCUUUGGAAUUGUAUCUCAAAUGUCUAGCACAGUGCUUAGCACGAUGCCUGGUACAUAGUAGGUGCCUAAUAAACUAAUAAUUGAACAAUGAUUCAAACAAGUACAAAGGACUCAUAAAGGAAAAUGCUAUCCAUAGCCUGAUAAAGAACCGAUGGACUAUGAAUGCAGAUCGAAGUAUAUCUUUUUCACUUUAGUCUUUCUCAUGUUUUUAUUUUACUUUUGAUCUGUAUCUUUUCCCACAAUUGUAGUGAAUAUGGGAAAUAUGUUUUACAUGAUAGCAUAUGUAUUAACUAAGAGGGGAGGGGAGGGGAGGGAGGGAGAAAAAUUU